AUUUACAUCUGACCCUACUUUGAGUAAGCAUGAGUUCUCCAUCAUACGUCCUCCCAGACAGCCCACCGCAGCGCGUGCUCAACUAUUGGCAGUGCAAAGCUGCCAAGUCGUCCGCUGCUGCUGCUGCUGCUGCUGCUGCACCCACCCCGCCGGAUCCAGCAUCACCAGGUGGGGAGAUUAUCAUCCCAGACAGCCCUAUUCAUCGCCUGGCUCUGCCUACCACCUGGGCUCCGCAGCGUGCGGUGCUGACAACAGUGAGCAACAAGCAGAAGCAGGCGAAGAGGAGGCUGCUGUUUGAGGAGCUUGAAGUUAGCGGGGAUGAGGAGGAGCAGUCAAUCUGCUCACAAACAAAGAAACGAGCUGGAAUGGAGCAUGACUCCUCACUUGCCCCGCUAAUAAAGGAGGUGGAGGGCGCGGGAGAUUUGGACUUUGUGCAACUCAUAAACAAUCCUCAGCCGAAACCAUGGAUCCCGCUGAGGGAAUUGAAGGAGCGCACUCCCUAACCCAUAGUUGGCAUGAGGGA